AUGGAGCAGCUGGAGGAGCCACCUAGUGACUGGGUCGGGGGGACGGCACCCAGCACCCACAGAGGCACUGGGAAGUCCCCAGAGACGGACACCCCUGAGAGCCUGGUGACGUCACCACUGCUGUCCCCAUCACCCGCCCUGGCCUGGCCCUGGCAACUGCCCCCCACCCCGCCCCCGGACACCCGGAAACCCUACAAAUGCACCGAAUGCGGCAAGGCCUUUGGGCAGAGCUCGCACUUGAUGCGGCACCUGGGCACCCACACGGGUGAGAAGCCCUACAAGUGUGGGGCCUGCGCCAAGAGCUUCACCCAGAACUCCAACCUCCUGCAGCACCAGCGCACCCACACCGGCGAGAAACCCUACGAGUGCGGCGCCUGCGGCAAACGUUUCGGCUGGGGCCCCCACAGCGCUCGUCUGCUCGAGCACCAACGUACCCACACCGGCGAGAAGCCCUACCGCUGUUCCGAUUGCUCCAAGACCUUCAGCCGCGGCUCCCACCUCGCUCGUCACCGCCACCUCCAUGCAGCUGAGCGGGGACCCAGUCCAGCCCUGGCGAUGCACCGGGGGCUCUGAGGGGCUCCCCAAGGAGAGGGGAGGAGGUGGCAGAGCAGAUGAUGGUGCUUCUGUGGUGACCAUGGGGACGUGGUUUGACCUGCUGGUGCCCAUCAUCAACAGAAGGAUUCAUGGAGGAUCCAUGACGUGGUCAGUGGCUGCUACAGCCCUUCCGUGGUGGCCACGGGGACGUGGUUUGGCCCUGUUGGUGCCCAUCGUCCAUACAAAGACUUCAGGAAGAUCUGUGAUGUGGCCAGUGGUUAUUACAGCUGUUUGGUGAUGGCCACGUGCCUGUGGGUUGGCCCUAUCAGCACCCAUCGUCAACACAAAGAUUUCAGGAGGAGCCCCGACAUGGCCAGUGGCUGCUACAACCCUUCUCUGGUGGCCACGGGGACAUGGUUUGGCCCCAUUGGCACUCACCAUUAAUGUAAAGCCUUGGGGAGGACCCAUGAUGUGGCAAAUGACUCCACAUGGCCCUUCCGUGGUGGCCACAGGAACGUGGUUUGGCUCCAUCCAUGCCCGUUGUUGGCUUGUGGGGAACCCAUGUAGGCAAAGAGCCACGGCACUGGGGACAAACAUGGACACAAUGACUUGGGGAGGACUCAUGAUGUGGCCAACGGCUACUGCAACCCUUCUGUGGUAGCCCUGGGGAUAUGGUUUGGCCUUUUUGGUGGCCAUCACCAAUGCAAAGACUUGGGAAGGGUCCAUGACACAGCCAAUGGCUACUACAGCCCUACUGUGGUGGCCACAGAGAUGUGGUUUGGCCCCAUUGGAGCCCAUUGCCAACACAAAGACUUGAGGAGGGCCCAUGAUGUGGCCAAUGGGGACGUGGGUUUGCCCCACAGGUGCCUCCCGUUGGCUCAUGGGGAAGCCAUGUGGGCAAACAGAGAUGGCAUUGGGGCUGAAGGUGGACACAAAGAAUUGAGAAGGACCAAUGACGUGGCUCAAGGACUACUACAGCUUGUCUGUGAUGGCCACGGGGACAUAGUUUGGUCCUGAUGACACCUAUUGUCAUCGCAAAGACUUGGGGAGGUCCCAUGAUGUGGCCAAUGGCUAACACAGCCCUUCCAUAGCGGCCACGUGCUCACGGUUGGCACCCACCAUUCAGGAGGUGAGAAGUCACGUGGGCAAGCAGUGAGGAAGGGGGA